GCAGAAUGUCUGCUCUCUGUGUCCAUAACGGAGCAGAGCUGAUAAUGGCAAGCACGGCUGCAGUCCUCACUUGGGCUCUGGCUCUCCUCUCAGUGCUUUCAGCCACCCAGGCCAGGAAAAGCUUCUGGGACUACUUCAGCCAGAGCAGCAGGGACAAAGGCAGGGUGGAGCACCUCCAGCAGCAGAAGCUGGCACGGGACCAUGUGAGGCUGAAAGACAACCUUGAGCAAGACCUCAACAACAUGGACAAGUUACUGGAAAAGCUGGGCUCUCUGAGUGGGCAGGGGAGGGAGCCCCCUCCGCUCCCACGGGACCCGGUGGGCAUGCGGCAGCAGCUGCAGGAGGAGUUGGAGGAGGUGAGGACCCGCCUGGAGCCCUACAUGGCAGAGGCGCACGAGCUGGUGGGCUGGAAUUUGGAGGGCUUGCGGCAGCAGCUGAAGCCCUACACGAUGGAUCUGAUGGAGCAGGUGGCCCUGCGCGCACAGGAGCUGCAGGAGCAGUUGCGCUUGGUGGGAGAAGACACCAAGGCCCAGCUGCUGGGGAGUGUGGACGAGGCGCGGGGCUUGCUGCAGGAACUGCAGAGCCGCGUGGUGCACCACACGGGCCGCGUCAAAGAGCUCUUCCACCCCUACGCCGAGCGCCUGGUGAGCGGCAUCCAGCACCAAGUGCAGGCGCUGCACCGCAGUGUAGCUCCGCACGCCGCCGCCAGCCCCGCGCGCCUCAGCCGCUGCGUGCAGGAGCUCUCACGCAAACUCACGCUCAAGGCCCAGGCUCUGCACGCGCGCAUCCAGCAGAACCUCGACCAGCUGCGCAAAGAGCUCAGUAGAGCCUUUGCCAGCGCCAGCGCGGACGGGGCUGAGGAAGGGGCCGGCCCAGACCCCCAGGUGCUCUCCGAUGAGGUGCGUCAGAGACUUCAGGCUUUCCGCCACGACACCUUCCUGCAGAUCGCUGCCUUCACUCGCGCCAUCGACCAGGAGACUGAGGAGGUCCAACAGCAGCUGGCGCCGCCCCCGCCAGGCCACAGCGCCUUCGCCCCCGAGUUCCAACAAGCAGACAGCAGCAAGGCCCUGAGCAAGCUGCAGGCCCGUCUGGACGACCUGUGGGAGGACAUCACCUACAACCUUCAUGACCAGGACCACGGCCACCUGGGGGGGCCCUGAGGGUCUACAUGUCCAGGCUCACUUCCCAGCUCUAUGUCGGGGGAGUCCUGGACCAGGGCCUCUUGCAUGGCUCAGUCCUUGAAAGUGGCCUGUUGGGUGGAUGGUGGAGGGUCCUGCACAGGAUAGGUGAGGCCACGGAGAGAGCUACUCACCCCAGCAUAUCCAGCCUCCUGCGACUCCCCAUCUGGAUGCAUUACACUCACCAGGCUUUGCAAA